AUGUUGGUCAACGGCGAUUCCCACCACCCCAAUGGUGGUCACUCUACUUCUUUGUUCCACGACCACCCCCGACCUCUCAAGAUCGCCAUUGUCGGCGCAGGCAUCGGAGGUCUGAGUGCUGCUAUCGCGUUACGUCGACACGGCCACCACGUAGAUAUCUACGAGCAGUCGAGGCUCGCAAAUGAGACCGGCGCCGCUGUGCACCUGGCACCCAAUGCCAACGGUCUUCUGAGGAGAUGGGGCAUCUACGCUGAGGCCUUUGGCGCCAACCCCUUACACCAUUUCAAGGAGAGGGACUUACGCAACCAGGGCGGCUUUGACGUCGACAUCAGAAAGUCCCAGGGCCAGUGGCAGCACCCGUGGCAGCUAGUCCACCGCGCCUACCUGCACUCCGAAAUCCGGAAGGUUGCCACGGGUGAGGACGACGGCGUCAGCCCCCCAGCCAAGGUCCACGUUGGGUCCAAGGUUGUUGGUGCCAAUCCUGAAAAGGGCGAGUUGCAUCUAGAGGAUGGCACAACUGUGCAAGCAGACGUCAUUCUCGGUGCCGACGGCAUUUACUCCAAGGUCAGGAGGCUCAUCACUGGCAACGAACAAAAGCUGUUGCGCUCGGGCAAGGCGGCAUUUCGCUUCCUCAUCCCGCGCGCAGCGGCUCUGGAGGAUCCUGUCACCGCCCCCCUGGUCGACAAGGAGAACUCCCUCGGCAUAUGGUUCGACACGGACAGGCGUAUCGUCGUCUACCCUUGCAACAACAACCAGCUCUUGAACUUUGUGUGCAUUCACCCCGAUACCGAGUCGCAUGCAACCGCAACAGACGAAUGGAACAAGAAGGGUUCCAUUGAACAGCUUUUGAAGGUGUAUCAGGAAUUCGAUCCUGCAGUCUUGCAGUUGAUCAAGAAGGUCCACCCCGACGAGGUCAACGUUUGGCAGUUGCUGGACAUGGAAGCCAUGCCGAAGUGGGUGAACGGCAAGCUGGCCUUACUCGGCGAUGCUGCCCACCCCUUCACACCUCAUCAAGGACAGGGAGCAGGUCAGGCGAUGGAAGACGCCGCGGCGUUGGCAAUCGUCCUGCCCAAGGGGACGUCUCCAGAGGACGUCACGGAACGGCUUCAACUUUACGAGAAGAUCCGCAUGGAGCGCGCGCACACGAUCCAAGAGUUCUCUCGCCAGGCUGGCAAGGAUAGAAUACCUGGACAGCCACCCGCAAUUCAGAUGAUGAACUACACAAACUACAACUUCGGCCACGAUGAACACGAUCACGCAACCAAGGUUUUCAACAAAUACCUCUGGUCCAAGAAGAAAGAUCUCUACUGGCGCAUGCCCAUUGGGUUCGGUCCCUUCCCAGGCCCCCGUCAAGACUUCUACGGCCGGCGUCAGCCAUCCGAGCUCGACCGUACUUUCAAGACCAUCUCUUUCAAGUUUCUCACGUCGCGGACCUUUCUCGAGACGAUUCUUCCAACCGAAUCCUUCCGGUUCAAGGAGCCUGGCACCGUCUGCACCGCCUCUCUCUCCGUCACCCAGCUCAACAAUAUGUCGUGGCUUGGUGGUGGUGGCUACAACCACCUGGGCCUUUACAUACACGGCAUCGAGUACGUCAAGCAUGACGGGAACUCGAUCAACGGCACCCAUCUCGCCGUGCUUUUCGAGUCGCUCGCGGACCCUAUCGUCUCGGGCCGCGAGGAGCUAGGCAUGCCGAAGCUCUUCUGUGACAUCGACGUCGAACACCACGCCACGGCGGCACGCGUGCGCGCGUCGUGGCGGGGCACCAAGUUCGUAGACAUCACGCUCAAGAACCUCCAACCAGACACCCCCAACACGGAGCGCGGCAUCAUCGGCGGCGAGGAGGACUACGGCAUCCUCACAUACCGGUACAUCCCAUCGGUCGGAGAGCCUGGCAAGGCCGACGCCGAGUACGCCUGCGUGGUGCCACACGAAGAGGAGGCGCGGGAUGUUCCGGCCACGGUGCACGCCGUGUCGAGGUCGUCUGAAGUUUCGGUCAAGAUGGAGGGGCACGACUGGGAGAAGCUGCCAACGCUGCACCACGUCGCGAAGUUCCUGGCCGAGAUCCCCAUCUACAAGGUCGUGGGUGCCAAGGUUGUGGAGGGAAAGGGGGUGCCCAACGUGUCGGCGGCGCAAAGGAUAGAGUAA